AUGGCGGCGAGGUGCGACAGCUGCCGGCAUCUGGAGAAGGCGGGCUCCGUCUGCCCCGCGAGGCCACCUUCCGGCAGAGCGGCGUCGCGGAGGCAGAGGCGGCACGGCAUCCCCACGACAGAGGCAGCAAGGGCAAGCGUCGCGGCUCUUCUCACGUCUCCGACCGACGCAUCAGCGGCGCGCGGCACAACGAGGGCAAGGCGGAGCGGCGAGGGCAGCACGGGGCACGGUCGCGGCUCCUCUACCGGCGGCGCUCGGCCCUCUUUCCCUGCUAGCGGCACUCAUCACCUCGCCAUAGCAGCGGCGCUCGGCCCCAUCCACCGGCCGGCCGGCGGCAGCGCACAACGACCUACAGAGCACCGCAACCAACCUUCUCUCCAGUUCGGAUCUGAACCAGACAGGAAACACGGCAGAGAUGGAUCUGGGGUCGAGAGCAGCGGCAAGUCCAGAGUCCGGACACACACGAAAGGUGAUGCUUCAAAAGUUAGCAGAGCACCAAAGGGCCACAUUCCUCGUUCUCUGACUGUUCGUUCAGAUAAGAGGAGAGCUGACUACAAAAGUAAUCAGAGCUCUUGCGAUGACAUAUCCCGGAGGUAG